AGCGCCCGACAGGUCCCAGCAGCAUCGCCAUAACCGCCGCCGCCGCCGCCGCCGCCGCCGCCGCCUGGGGCCUCGGCCGUGUCGGGCUGCCCGCCGCGCUGCCUGCGCCGACGACCGACGGAGACGCGAGAGGAGUCCCGCCGGGUAGAGCCCCGCCCAUUGCCCCAUCACAGAUGCUGGAGGCCCCACCCCUGCUGCUGGCAGCUGGCGCCCUUGGCCUGGUGUUGCUGGCGCUGCUGUGGCUGCUGCAGGCCUUGCGACUCUGGGGCCUGUUCAUCAUUGGCUGGAACGAGCUUGUCCUGCACCCCGUCCGCAACCUCCUCAUGGGCAACAGCAAGGAGCAGCGCAUUCUGCACCAUGUGCUGCAGCACGCUGUGGCCGGGGACCCGCAGAGCGUGCUGGACGCCAUCGACGCCUACUGCUCGCAGAAGGAGUGGGCUAUGAACGUGGGCGACAAGAAAGGCCAGAUCGUGGACGCCGUGUUGAGGGAGCAGCGUCCCUCGGUGCUGCUGGAGCUGGGUGCCUACUGUGGCUACUCGGCCGUGCGAAUGGCCCGCCUGCUGCUGCCCGGCGCCCGGCUGCUCACCAUUGAGCUCAACCCUGACUACGCCGCCAUCACCCAGCAGAUGGUGGACUUCGCAGGCCUGCAGGACAGGGUGACCGUUGUCGUCGGGGCAUCCGAGGACAUCAUCCCCCAACUGAAGAAGAAAUAUGACGUGGACACUGUGGACAUGGUCUUCCUCGAUCACUGGAAGGACCGGUACCUGCCAGACAUGCUCCUCCUGGAGGAGUGUGGCCUGCUGCGGAAGGGGACAGUGUUGCUGGCCGACAACGUCAUCUGUCCGGGGACACCAGAGUUCCUGGAGUACGUGCGUGGGAACAGCCGCUUCGAGUGCACGCACUUCAGCUCGUUCCUUGAGUACUCACAGGUGGUGGAUGGCCUGGAGAAGGUCGUCUACAAGGGCCCGGGCAGCCCUGCACAGCCUUGACCGCCCACCCUGCCCCAGCUCCCUGGCCAAGCUGGAUUCUGAAGGGUGUGGUGGCCCUACUCCUAGCUGCCCCGUGUCUGCAAUGUGUGCAUCUGUCCUCAGUGCAACACCCUCAAGGCCUGCGAGGCCCAGGCCUGCCCGCGCUGGCCCCUGCAUGUGGGUCCACCCCAAGCGCUACCAGCUCACCUUGCAAAAUCACUACAGUAAAUCUGGAAAAGUAUCUGACUGUAAAGGCCAGCUCAGGCAGGUGGUGUCCAUGACAGUGUCACACCCCCACCCCCACCCCCACCCCCACCCCCCAGCAUUCGUCAGUCUUCUGAUUCAGGAAGUCAGAAGUCAGGGAACUGGGGCUGUGCACUCACACAGCCUGCCCUUGAGGUCUGCCGUCACCAGGUGGCAGCAAUGCCUCAGUGAUGGCACCAUAACCAACAACUCACCCCACACUUCGGACUCCUGAGUUCUUUCACUUCCUUAAGAAUGAAAUGCCACUUCUUUACUAAAAUCAUCUGUUAACAAUUUUAUAUACCAAUAUCAUGUUUAAAUGAUAGUAAAAUAGAAAUUAAAAAUCUAAAUAUUUAGGUAAGA